AUGCUCGCCGAUACUCUGCUCGCUGUCAUCCCAUACCGCCUACCUCCUCAUCUUUAUUCGUUCAUUCCCAAUGAGACGCCGUUGUCGACAACUCCCAUCGUCGUUGGUACCCUUCUGGGUUACCUCGUCACCAUCUUUGGCAUCCAGGCUGCCAUGAAAAACCACCCACCACAGAGGCUCAACACACUCUUCCAAAUACACAAUGUUGUCCUCAGCUCGGGUAGUCUUCUCCUGCUCGCCCUUAUGCUUGAGGAAAUUGUGCCCAUCAUGUGGCGCGACGGACUUUUCAAUGCCAUGUGUCACGCGAAUUCAUGGACCCCACGAAUGGAGUUCUACUACAUCAUCAAUUAUUACUUCAAAUACCUUGAACUGAUAGAUACCGUUUUUCUUGCAUUCAAGAAAAAGCCACUCGCUUUCUUACACGUGUUCCACCACUCUGCGACCGCGCUUUUGUGCUAUUCACAACUUGUCGGCAAAACUAGCAUCUCUUGGACCGUCAUCACCUUGAAUCUAGGUGUCCAUGUUAUAAUGUAUUACUACUACUAUGCAACCGCGGGGGGUGCCAAAAUCUGGUGGAAAAAGUACCUCACUACGAUGCAAAUAAUCCAGUUUGUAAUCGACCUUUUCGUUGUCUACUUUGGGACAUACAACCAUUACGCGGCUACUUACUACCAAGGCACUCUGCCUUCCAUCGCCAACUGCGAGGGUUCGGAAACGGCUGCGUUGUUCGGAUGUGGCCUCUUGACAUCGUACCUCGGCCUCUUCAUCAACUUCUACUUGCAAACCUACAAGAAGAAACCUGCAAAGUCGCAUACGAACGGUGUUGCCAACGGACACGCCAAUGGGAAAACAGUCAAAAGCGAGUAG